CCGGCCCGUGAGUGGGGGGGUGGCACGCAUGCCCAGGUGCUCCCCACUCCUCCUCCCAGGGGUGACUUGCCACCGCCGCCGCUACCCCGCCGCUAGACCGCCGCCGUGUUUCGUCCGCGCGGCACACGACCCUGUCUGUGUCCCCCCUCACCUGCCGCUCCUCGCUCACACCUGUGCUCGCGUUGUUGUCUGUGUCAUGCAGGACGCAGGGCCUGUACAGUGGUGUUUGGUCUAGCCUGUCCCUUCAGGAAGGCCGCACCCGCUGUCUGUUGACCAAUGUAAAGGUCAUGACACACACUGACUUUUAACGAUCGUGUCCCUUCCUGAGACUCUCUCUCCCUGUCGUGUUGACGUCUGUGCUGUGGUGACUUGUAGUGAGCGUUACCAAGUGUCACCCAGGAGGUCACCAGUGUAGAGGAGGUCCCUGGCGUUUGACCUUUGACCCAUGUGUUCUUCAAGAGCGUAGAGUGAUCCUGCCUGACCUCCCUACCGCCACACCUGGCCCCGGCACCGUCCCACACACUCAACAGGUCUCAAGACGUAGCUCGUGACCUGCAGCAAUACCAACCAUGGCGCCCUGUAGUUCAGUGUGCCAGCAGGAGCCUCGCCCAGGGCUACUACCUUCUGGGACUUCACUGCCAAGCAAACAUACUAGCAGGCUGAGAACCACUAAUAGCUCCAUGGUAACCCCGUUGACUGCCUUGGGGGGUUCGGCUAGUACCAUGACAUCCAGGACUGGUUUUAUUGAAGCCACAACUAGUCCGACCAUGGUAGCUCCGUCUAUUCUCAACACGGAUUCUUUGACGAGUCUCCGCGAGCAAGUUCUCCCGCUGAACACGUCCCUCAGCUAUACACCUCCCAUUGACGCUCCUUCAUCAACUCUCGUCCAGAUAGGAGGAACCUGUCAUCAACCAGCAUACACGGAGACACAGAUGAAGCCACAAAUCCACCUCCUCACAGAUAAGACGAUACUCCCAUCGAAACUCAGAGACGGUACUGAGAACUCCAUAUACUUUAGGAACAUGGCGUCUUUGCCCAAUACAGCGCCCAGCGACACGAAACCUACCAUAUCUGAAUCGUCAUCUUGGGUGUCAUCUGUGGCAUCCUCAACUGAAGUCCCUCAAACUUGCCCCUCUCAAACUCGUUCCUAUCGGAGUCCGCCCUCGGCCAUCUUACCAUCUCCGACAAAGACGCUUGCUAAGACUUACUCCAGUGCCGCCGCAAAGACCAGCGUUGCUGCCACUAACUCCUCCUCCUUUACACCCACUCCGCCGCCAUCGUUGUUAGAUAAGAAUCGCGCCGCCCGCCACCCCGCCCUCAGCUCGGGUGGGUGGAGAUGGAUGGCGGUGCUACUGGUUGUGCUCCAGCUCCUGGCCCACACCACGCCCACCCUCGCCCAAGUUGUUGGUGCGGAGAUAGAGUGCCACGAGGAGGGAGAAGCCGUCGAACUGCCUCACGAGGUUGGGAAGGACAACUCUUGUAUCUCCUGUUCCUGUCAAGACAAGAUCGUGAAGUGCAACAUGAAACGAUGUCCCAGCCUUGAGGGAUGUUACUGGAAGUUGAUGGAGGACCCUAAGCAGUGCUGCCAGAUGUGCAAGGGUUGUGAACACGAAGGCUCCUGGUAUCAUCACGGUGCCCGCUGGUCUGACGGAUGCCAACAUUACGACUGCCAGUCUGGUGUCCUCACUGUCACCCAGACACAGUGCCACACCCCCUGUUACUCCCCCCUGCCACGAAACGGCGACAAGUGCUGCCACAGCUGCCCUGGAUGUUGGUUGGAGGGACGUCGUGUGGGUGAGGGGGAGGUGGUGGCAUCCCGCGUUGACCCUUGUGUCCGCUGCGGGUGUACAGAAGGGAAGCUGACAUGUGAGAAGAAGGCUUGUCCUGUGCUGUCAUGCCCCACCAAAAAGCAGGUCCUCUUACCUGACAGCUGCUGUAAGACCUGCCAGGGGUCCCGUGAACUGAUCACACCUCCAGGAGGCCGCUGCUUCCUCAAUGGUUACCUAUACACGACAGCGAUGGAGCGGACGCUGGAUCCCUGUACUACCUGCACCUGCCACCAGGGUUACAUCACCUGUCAACGAGCCACCUGCCCUGUCCUCAAUUGCUCCCAUGAGUACCAAAUCACAAAUGAGAAUGAGUGUUGUCCCACCUGUAGUGCCGCCGGCCAGUUAGAGAGCACCUGUCACAUGUACGGGAUGAUACAUAAGGAUGGUGAGGAGUGGAAGAGGGAUCAGUGUACCUCCUGUACCUGUACUAACGGGGCUGUCUCUUGCCACACUCUCCCCUGCCAGUACUUCAACAAGCCAUGUCCACCUGGCUUUAAGCGUGUUGAGUCCGAGCACGAGUGUUGUCCCCGUUGUGAGGAGGCUCCUGGUGUGUGUGUGGUGUUUGGCGAUCCUCACUACCAUACCUUUGAUGGACUCCUCUUCAAUUUCCAGGGAGUCUGUAAGUACACUCUGGCGAAGACUUGUAAGGCCCAGGGCGGCUUCAAUCUAAAGGUGAAUAAUGACGCCAGACGAUCUGCCAACUUCUCCUGGACCAAAAGUCUUACCCUCAAAGUGCCAGGUGCUAAGGUGAAACUGUGUCAGAAGCUACGCACCAAGGUCAACGGUCGUAUUGUGAAGCCGCCCUUCGAGGAGCCCGGAGUCCUCAACCUGACGAAAGAAGGCCAAGCUGUCUCUGUCACCACACCCCUAGGGGUGAGAGUGCUGUGGGAUGGCAUCAGCUACGUGGAGGUGGAAGUACCAGUUGAGAUGAAGAACCGAACUUGUGGUCUCUGUGGGAACUUCAACGGUGAUGCGGAUGACGACCUCACCACUAAAGAUGGGACACUAGUGGAAACGCCUAACCGUAUGGCCAUGUCCUGGUCCACGGGUAAAGUGAGGCAGUGUUCCCGCAGGAUGAUGGCAGAGAAGAAGGCAAAACAACAACGUCGACCACAGCGCCUGACGUGUCUUGUACCACAUGACCAAGCUCUUAGUCAGUGUGGACUUCUCAACAGUACAGUUUUCCAGGCCUGUCAUAAAAUCAUCCCAAUUGAAAAGUUCUACCAGUCCUGUAUCUUCGAUAUGUGUGAAUGUCGAUCAAUCCGCCGGUGUGUGUGUGACACCAUCCAGGCCUACGCAAGGCAGUGCCAGAGACUUGGCAUCCCUGUGGAAGAGUGGCGCACACACAGCAAGUGUGGAGGCCUGGAAUGUCCCCAUGGUGCUGAGUACAUGGAGUGUGCACCACCCUGCCGAGCUACCUGUCGUAACCCAAAACCGAACCCCAACUGCCACACUUGGAGCUGUAGGGCAGGAUGCUACUGUCCACACCCCACUGUGCUGCACCGUGGGGCCUGUAUCCCUGCUGAGGAGUGUCGCAAGAGUAAGAAAAGACGAAGAAACCGCCGCAGGAAUCGCUGAGGUGAAGCGGCUGGCUCGGCAGAGGGUGGCGGGGCAGUCGGGGUGCCGGGCCUCCUACUGGCAGUGGUGGUAGUGGUGAUGGUUUUGGCUCGACUGUUGUAAAAAAAAAAAUUAAAAACUCGAUAUGCAAUAAUCCUAACUGGUGAGAAUCUCUUGCUUACAGUGAGGAUGUAAAGUGUGUGUGGAGAUAAGUGCAAGGUGACCCUGACACUACGGUACCCCAAAAAAAGGAUGCCCGGGCCAGCAGGAAGGUGGUGGUUUGAGUGGCAGGCAACACAAGGCAUCACGCUGGGGGAAUGUGUGAUUGAUCUCAUGAGGUGUGUUAUUACGUGCAUGCAAGACAGAUAUUAGUGGCAUUGUCUUAAGAAACAUUAAGUGGUGAAGAAUAUUAUACUUAUUUGUGCUUCUUCUUUGUGUGUUGUUAUUUGUGUUUUAUAUGUUUGUUGAUAUUCUGUUAAAUGGACGAUUAUUUUAACAGUGAAAGAGUCUCAUGAUAAGAUGGUAGAGAUUGUUUAAUAACUGGUAACCGUUCGAGUUUCUAACAUAAGGUGUCUUGCCUUUUUUUUAUUAUUCUAUUUCCUGACUUAAGGUGUAGAGUCACAGAUAGUAGGAAUAGGAGUAGUAGGAAUAGGAGUAGUAGGAAUAGGAGUAGUAGGAAUAGGAGUAGUAGUAAUAGGAGGAGGAGUAGUAGUAGUAGUAGUAGCAGUAGUAGCAGUAAUAGUAGCAGUAGUAGUAUACCAGUCUUGAAGUGUUCCAUAUAUAUUUUUAUAACAUAUCAAAACUUAUUACUUUUAUGUUUGAAAAAAGUUGGUGUUUGAUUAAUUAGAAAUUUGUGGUCGAAAACUGUCCAAGAAAUGGCACUAACUUCAUAGUGAGGAGGAGGAGGAGGCAGAGCAGAUAAAGACAAAAGAAAAAACAAACUAAAGAGAUAACAUAAAUAAUGUUAGCAUAAAAACAUAACUUACCCCCAAAAAGGUUACUAGAUUUAUUACCUAAAUACGUAUCUCGAGUUCUAUGCACAGCAACAAAGACAUUGAAAAUAGAUGACCAAUCAGAUACCACCAUCACCACCAGCAGCAGUACACAAACAAAGGAACAGAAACACAAAGGAACAAACAGACAUACAAACCCAGAUAAUCUCUGUAAGCAGAUGUUUUUGACAGAUCUGUAAACAAAGGUGGACUUGUCCAGAUGGUAUGUUUGUUUUUAGGAAAUAAUUGUGAGAAAGUGUAGUGAGGAAGGCCAAUUUAGUUGUUGUCACUGUGGCCACUUGAGCUGUUUUUAUGUAGCCACAUGAGUUGUCUUGUGGCCACUUGAGCUGACUGGUAUUGGUUGUUUGACAGACAAUGGUUAAGUGACAGAUGGUGGUUGUGUGAUAGAAAAUGAUUGUGUGACAGAUAAUGGCUGACAGACAGUGAUUGUUUGACAGAUUUUGGUUGUUUGUCAGGUAAUGGUUGACAGACGAUGGUUGUUUGACAGAUUUUGGUUGUUUGACAGAUUUUGGUUGUUUGACAGAUGGUGGUUGUUUGACAGAUGGUGGUUGUUUGACAGAUAAUGGUUGUUUGACAGAUUUUGGUUAUUUGACAGGUAAUGGUUGACAGACAUUGGUUGUUUGACAGAUUUUGGUUGUUUGACAGAUAAUGGUUGGAUGACCAUUUGAUGGUGGUUUGACAGAUAAUGGUUGACAGAAUGGUUGCUUGACAGGUACUGGUUGUUUGGCAAACAAUUGUUUGACAUAAUGGUUGUUUGCCUGAUAGAUAUUAAUCUGUUUCCAGACAGUGUUGUUCAAAAGUUAUGAAUUUAAUCGAUAAUCAAGAAAUUAAUCGUCAAACUCAUCAUUAAUUAAGGAUUAAGCUAAUGGACUAGGAAAUGACUGGUAAAUGAGACAGGGUGUUUAUAAAUUAUCUCAACCAUUGUAGGUAUCAGUAACUUCAAAAACAUUAAAGAUACUACAUACUAGAUUUAUUACACUUAACAAACAACUCGUAUCUUUUUUUUUUCUU